AUGUGGAGCCCAACAUUUCUGGUUGAAUACAUUGACAUCCUGCACUUUCAUUAUUUCAACGCCGAUAUCCUGCUCGCGGUUCUCUCAAUUCCCAUCUUGAAAACAUUGCAAAUCAAUCGCCGAUGGAAAAUCGGCCUAGUCUUCUACUUCAGUAUCAGUAUCCUCACGAUCUGCAUCAUGAUAGCAAGACAAAUGACCAAUGCCAUUGCCCUUAACAACUCUCUCGAGUUCUUCUGGCAUUGGUGCGCCGCAGAGCUCUGCACGGCCCUCGAAGUGAAAAUGUGCAUAAUUCUGCGCCCCAGUUCCCGCCAUGCGCUCGCUUAUAGAAGUGCAUUUCGGUGGCAGCAGCAGCCGCGGCUGGCGCAAGGCACAGCCAGACUUCAACAAGCUGGAGUCGGGGGAUAG